ACACCGCGCAUCCUGGACAUCUUCAUGCCGAAAAACGAGUCCCGCAAAUUAGGCUACGUUUACCCGGCUUACUUCCCCAUCGAUGAAGAGAAGUAUUACAUACCGAUAACCGUACAUAUGAUACUGGUAAUCGCGAUGGUGUUCUACGUGUACGUAGCGUGCGACACAAGUUUCGCACACCGUUUCAAGGCGGCGGUUGCAGAACCGGAGAGCUUCUACGAAAAGGAGUACCUCCACGAUCGCCAGUACAAAAAAAUACGUUUCGCGAUACAAGGACACCAGUAUGCUUUAGCAUAUUUGCAUGCGAUUCAAGAGGCCCACGUCGAAUACCUCUUCAUUUUGAUCGGUUUCGUGAUGAUGACCUUCAGCGUCACUUUAGUGAAGAUAUCCAACAUGGAAGUUAGCCCCGAAUUUUUCAAGGAUUGUACCUUCCUCUUGAUCCAACUAAUGCACAUAUUCUACAUGUCGAUGCAAGGACAAUGCGUAGUGGAUUCAGUAAACGAAUUCUCAGACACGAUAUACAAUGCAGAGUGGUAUGAAAGCGACAAAAAAGUACAAUCAUUGCUCGUACUGGCAAUAAGAAGUUGUUUGAACCCUCCUAAAUUAACAGCCGGUGGACUCAUUGUACUAAAUUUGCAAAGUUUCUCGGAGAUCUUAAAAGCAUCGGUUUCGUACUUCACGGUGUUGCAAACCACCUAAAUAGAAUCAACCAUGUUAGUGGUACAACCAGAAACAUGAUGGACUAUUGAC